CAGAUGUGGAGGAGGAGGAGGAGGAGGAGGAGGAUUGAUUGUGUGACUGAGCGGAGGAGAAAUUUGGCAAGCACCCUCGAAAAGAAAGUGGAGCAGAGGAGAGGAUUCAGUUUAGGAGAGACGGUCUGAGGAGACGGAGCUGCAGGUCUUUGUGAGGAUGAGGACGGAGGAUUUGUUCAAGAUGAAGAUCUUUGGGGUCGUCGUUUCAACGCUGUGUUUUCACAUCAUGGCCUUCACUUCAGCACAGGUGAGGACACAAGAUAGAAAGUCACAGAGAUUCUUUAUCAUCAAUUUCAACAGAUAAUCUGAGCCUGGGGGGUUUGAAACGACGACAUCUGCAGGUUUGAAAACGAUGAAAGAGAAAAUAGACAUGCAUGUGUUACAGACGUCCUGUCUCUCUGCAGAAAAACACCGAACAUACUCUUCUGCAAGUUCAGCUCCAAAACUAAAACGACAGAAAUAAAUAAGUUCUCGUUUGUUUAGUCAUCACAGCUGCAUAAAUGUUUUCUGAUGUCGAUAUUUAAGGUCCUGCUUCUGUCCGUAUCAUCAUCAUCUCAAACCCUGAUUUUCUCUGGUUCUUCCUCUUAACCCUGUCAUGCAGGAAUUAUGAGAUCUUGAGAUAUCUGGAUUUUUAAAACUAAAUAAACUCUCAUUUAAAGUUUGACAGAAACAAUCUUUACUUUGACUCCAGUUUUCAGAAUAAAUCACUUUCAUGAUCUGACUGCAGAGCCGGAGAGAAACAUCUUUUUAACUUUGACUCAUUUCUUUAGCAAAGAGACGAAACACAACUCACCUACUCUCUUCCAGCAGACGCUUGUCUGUAGUGAGACCUCAGGCCAGUCCAUUAGGGACUACAGCGGGGUGUCGCAGCUCAAGGAAGAACAUUUAUGAUCAUUUCUUUAUCAUGUCAGAAUCUGGUUUGGGAUCAUACGAAAGUCUUUAAAGUGUUUAAAACUGAGGAUGCAGCAUCUAUGAUUUCCAGUUCUAUGUUGAAAGUAAGUCCAGUUGUCCUUCCCAAAAGAGUGUUUAAUUUCUUGCUAAUUUCUUUAACAAAGAGACGAAACACAACUCACCUACUCUCCUCCAGCAGCCGCUUGUUUGUAGAGAGACCUCAGGUCAGUCCAUUACAGACCCUCUUUUUAACAAACACUUUUACUCUGAAACAUCAGAAGAUUUUCAUUCCUCUUAUUUAACUAUUUCUGUUACAAAAGCUCCAACAAUUACAUGAUACAGCAGAAAUCAACACACAUAAUUCAUGCAUGAAUUAGGAGGUCUUCAGAUUUUUUUUCCCUCUUUAGACACAUAAAAAAUGAUGCAAUUGAAAUUUUUCAUGGAGUUACAAAAACGUCCGUUCAGCUGGACACCAUGUUUGAGUUUUUUAACAAUUAAAUAUGAAUUUAACAAACAAAUCUUAUUUAAUGCAGCUAAUUUAACGUCCUCUUUGACUUUAACUCACUCUAACACAUAUUCAAAGCAACGCAAAAACGUCAAAGUUAGUUUUGAACUAAUAAACUGCAGAUUUCUUGAGAUUUUCUACAAAAAGACAGAAAAAUAUCGUCAAUAACCUUCCAAACACUUUCUGUGGAAGCGACACAGUCUUCAAUAUUUCUGCUUUUCUGACUCCAACGUCAAAGAUUAAAACAGACAAACCAGAAAACAGUAAGACCUGAAUCUACAACAACAAAAUCUACACAAAAGAACACCUUUUGAUGAGCUGUCCGCUGUAGUGACCACUGAGCAUGAAAGGGUUAACUUUAAGAAACUGAGCGUGUGUUCGGCAGCAGCGGGAAAAUCCUCAGAACCAGUGAGAUUACGGUCGCUUUCACUCCUGACCAGGCGGACUCGGUUCAACAUUGUUGCAUUUAUCACUUGUUUCGGUUCUGUUUUCACGCUGUGAUUUCUAAAGCGCACCGAAGUUUCCGAGCAGCAUCACGUGGUUGAAAGAAGCGCUCGUCGAUUGGACAAAGUAGGAGGGGUUUGUAACCUCACGGAUUACAAACAGAGGUGGACUCGCCAUCUUGUAUCGUCCUUCAUCACAUUGUUUUAUGGAACGCUACAUCGUUAGUGAACGCAACUGUUCCUAUAACGCUAUCGUAGCUCGUCAGGGAUUGAUCCUGUUAUUCUUCUAACUUUGACGAUCAAACACGUGACGACAUAUGAGCUCAGAGUUUAAGGACUGGGACUGUUGGUAGCUGUGAUUUGAUUUUGUUUAAAUUUGCCAAAUUGUGAAUUUAUGGGUUAUUGUUGUUCAGACAAUUGAGCUAAGCUAGCUAGCAACUGCUAAUGUCAGCGGUCACGUGUUGCGCUGCGUAUAGCGUCAUUACGUACAUUCGGUCCUGUGUUUGGUCUGGUGAGCUUUCACACUGCAUACGAACCGAGACCGAGACCCACGUUUUCAGGCGGACCAGAGAUCGGAUCAGCUUUCACACCUGCCCAAACGAAGCGGACUAUCGGAGGAAACGAACUCUGGUCCGUUUAAAGCGGACCGAACAGCUCUGGUGUGAAAGCGACCGAAGUAAAAUGAUUCAGAUUUAGAUUCUAACAAACUGAGUAAAAUACCUCCACAUGCUCACGCUGUCAGAGUGUUUUAAUACGCAUAACCACCUCUUCACUUCACAUGAUCCUGUUUGUUACUCAGACUCUUACCAAAGAUAGAAAUACACCUCGAUGCAAAGUAUCAGAACUCCAAUCUGCAUGACCGACUGUUCUUUAUACAUUAUUAAAACACACAUAUUGAUUUAAAAAUGACUUUUUUUUACACACAUAGACUAAUGUGUCCCUCUGAGAUCAGACUGUUACGUUUCUAUAGUAACAGAUUAUCUUCCUCCUGACUGUACAGAUUGACGUUAAGGUGAGCGUUAAUCUGAAGUUCAUGUUUGAACAGGAUCCCCACACAUGCUGACGUCUCUGUCCUCAUUCGGCUCUCUGCCCUCCGAGCUCUGCAGAUCCAACCUUCAUGUUCACCUUCACGAGCUCGACUGUUCGUACCAGAUGUUGCUUUAGUUGUUGGGAAUAAAUCACCUUUUUUUUUACAGAGGUUGGACCAAUCAGAGACAAGCAUUCGGCACAGCCUGAUAAUAAAUAAGAAUCCCGUAAACCCUAAUGAGGAAAACAGAGACGAAGAAGACCUGAAUCCAGACUCUCAAGUUGACCUAAAGAGAAGAAAUUUAUAAAUAUGUCUUUAAAAAAAACUGGAGUAAUGAAGUCAUGAGCAAAAUAUGAAUCAGUUUAAGAUAUCAGCUUCUCCAUGGUGAUUUAAUAUCAUGGUUUUUUAUGAUUUUUGUGUCUCGAGACAAACUUCGAGCUACCUGUUUUCUUGUUGAAGGUUUCAAGUCUUUUUUCCUCAAUUAAAGGUGGAGUAGACAGGAAUCUGUUAAAGAAGCUUCUUUUUGUUUAUUUAUAUACAAAAAAAAUCUUAGCGGUCCGCUCUUUCUGACUGUAAACAAAGCCGUUCUCCACCUCCUCUAACCUGAUUGGUUGUGAGGCAGACGCUGCUCCCCCGUGUCGUUCAGGAGCCCAAACAAAGUUAGCGUGCUACAAUAUCGGACAGUAGAAACCAACCAGAAAGUUCGGAAAAUUGUCUGAAUCCUCCUUUGGCCACGACUGCCGACACAAGCAAGAAAACACUCAAACAUAAACAGUCAGCAAGAAAACAGUCAGCAAGAAAACAGUCAACAAGAAAACAGUCAACAAGAAAACAGUCAACAAGAAAACAGUCAACAAGAAAACAGUCAACUAUAAUCAGUCAACAAGAAAACAGUCAGCAAUAAAACAGUCAACCAUAAUCAGUCAACACCAAAACAGUCAACAGGAAAACGGUCAGCAAGAAAACAGUCAGCAAGAAAACAGUCAGCAAGAAAACAGUCAGCAAGAAAACAGUCAGCAAGAAAACAGUCAGCAAGAAAACAGUCAACACCAAACCAGUCAACAAGAAAACAGUCAGCAAGAAAACAGUCAACACCAAACCAGUCAACAAGAAAACAGUCAGCAAGAAAACAGUCAACAAGAAAACAGUCAACAAGAAAACAGUCAGCAAGAAAACAGUCAACAAGAAAACAGUCAACAAGAAAACAGUCAACACCAAACCAUUCAACACCAAAACAGUCAACAAAAAACAGUCAACCAUAAUCAGUCAACAAGAAAACAGUCAACAAGAAAACAGUCAACACCAAACCAUUCAACACCAAAACAGUCAACAAAAAACAGUCAGCAAGAAAACGGUCAACCAUAAUCAGUCAACAAGAAAACAGUCAACAAGAAAACAGUCAACAAGAAAAUAGUCAACAGGAAAAUGUCAACUAUAAUCAGUCAACAAGAAAACAGUCAGCAAAAAACAGUCAACACCAAACCAGUCAACAGGAAAACGGUCAACACCAAAACAGUCAACAAAAAACAGUCAGCAAAAAACAGUCAACCAUAAACAGUCAACAAGAAAACAGUCAACAAGAAAACAGUCAGCAAGAAAACGGUCAACCAUAAUCAGUCAGCAAGAAAACAGUCAACAAGAAAACAGUCAACAAGAAAACAGUCAGCAAGAAAACAGUCAACAAGAAAACAGUCAGCAAGAAAAUGCUGUUUCCCCGUGUCGUUCAGGAGCCCAAACAAAGUUAGCGUGCUACAAUAUCGGACAGUAGAAACCAACCAGAAAGUUCGGAAAAUUGUCUGAAUCCUCCUUUGGCCACGACUGCCGACACAAGCAAGAAAACAAAGUAAAUACCGGAGACUCUGGAGGAAUAACGGGCGCUUAAAACGGAGGUAGACCGGACAAGAGCUAAAAAGCCGGGUCAACAAAAACCAUGGGGGACGCUUGGGGAUCUUGGUGACCCUGUAACCUUUCUGCUGGACAGGUAAACCGCUUUAACAAAGUAAGACAAGUGUCUGUAACAGAAGUGUUUCUUGUCAAACGGACCUGCUGUAGCGUGUUGUAGCUCCAUCGCUAAACUGUCCUCCCUCGGGUCCUGGACUAUGUCACUUUAUCCUCGUUGUAGAAGUCCUGCAAACAUUGUGUUUGCUGGUAGUCUGUUGGCAUCUACAGUAGCACCAAUGCUUUUGACUUUCACCUUGACUGGGCCCCAUUUGUAAUGAUCUGAAGUAUUUAUCUGCAUUAUAUCUGAAUUUAAUUGGAACGAUACGAGCGAGCAGGAGCGUCUGUUUGUGGGCGGGGCUUGAGGGAGCAGAGAGGGAGGGGUAGAGUUUACGUUCAAGAUUUCUCCUAAAAACUGGAACUAACUCAGAUCCUGACUACAACACCUUUAACUGGUUGAUAAUUAAUUAAUAAUCUUGACCAUGUGCACAAAGUUUAUCUUGAGAUUAUCUUUCGAAUCGUGUCGAAACAGCAGAGCUACAAAAACCAUAAAGACAAGAUUAUUCUUUACAUCUUUAAUCAGCACAGCAGCCACCUGAUGUUGAAGGGUAUGGUGUCACUGAAGGGACAAAAAAGGCCAUUUUACUCCCUGCUUUACUAAAGAUAACAUCUUUGACAGGCUGUUUCCUUAUAUUCACUGCAGAAUCAUUGCAAGAAAGUUAAAAACCAGCCAGUUUAAAAAAAGUUUGAGAGUCAUCAAGUCGUCAUAUUUAAUCUAUCUUUCGGUCUUCAGAUCGAGUUUUUUUCUCUAAUUUCUUCCUGAAUUUUCUGUUUGUGGACGUCCAAACUCAAACGCUGACUUUAAUAAAGGUUUAAUUUAAUCAAACUUAAUGAAAAACUAAUUGCUGCUUUCCUGUUUGUUUCUUUGUACACACACACACACACACACACGUCUUUUACCAGAUGUUUUCCAUGUUUUUCACUCUGACAUGUUGAACUCGACUUCACCCUCCUCCGCCGCCGCCGCCUCCUCAUCGGGUCACUGCCUGAAACAAACCCCAGAGAGACGCCUCCAAACCCACAGCAGCUCCGUGAUGUGGCACCAGGGCUGUGUUUUCGAGCCGUGUUACAGUCAGCUCCAUGUUUUAGCCGUCAGUAUGAGGUCAGCGGAGGGCUCGGGUCCAAUUUUCACCCGGGUGUUACUUCAGCGGGCCGCGGCUCUGGAAACCUCACCUCUAUGUAUAGACCUCGCACCUGAAACACACAACAGACAGCAGACAGACGGCUUUUAGCAGGCUGGUGUGGUCUUCCUCCGUGUGACUGACAUGUGUAUCUUCAGAGAGUGUGGGUAAAGAUUUCACUCUUCACAGAAACACCAGGUAACAGGUUCCUUAAAGGUUAAAGGGAUAUUGUUGCCGACCGCUUGUUUCUCUAGUUAUACCAACUUUAGUAACGACUUCAGAGAGCCACGCCCCCAACCAAAACGCCACAAAUAAUGCUCAGAACAGCACCUAACUUCAUCAACAGGACAUAUAGGGUCACAGACAUAGUACUAGACACCAAACAUCUUUUUAACUUUGACUCAUUUCUUUAGCAAAGAGACUAAACACAACUCACCUACUCUCUUCCAGCAGCCGUUUGUUUUUGUGGGAGCCCUGACGAGUCAAUCACCAAGUGCGAAGGAGUUUCGCAGCUCAAGGAAGAACAUUUUUGAUCAGCAUCAUCAGAGUCCGUCCUCUUACCUGUCCUCUUUGUCUUUGUCGUUGCCCCGCCCACAGGAGUGUCCGUCCACCCACGACCUGCUGAACUCUCUGCGUCAGGUGGAGAAGAUGUUGGCGGUGCACGAGGCGUCGUACCAGCAGGGCCUCCGCUCGCUGAGGAAGAAGAUGAGCGCGCUGCACAACAGCACCAUGGCCAUCUUUAAGACGGGAGGUGAGUCUGUGCCGAGGUCAGACAGGUGUGAAGACGCGAACCGUAUUCAUAAACGCUGAUGGAAAACAACGAGAAACGAAAGACAGGAACCGAAAUACUGAAAUUAUGACAUGAUGCAACUGUGCAGUUAAACCACUUUUGAUUAACGGGCUGCAAAAAAAAAAAAACCUCUCUAUCACAAACUCAUUCUAACUAACUAACCAUAGAGACGUCAACACUCAGUACGUUUACAUGCACAGUUUAAUCGGACUUCUCUCCUUGUCCGCGAAUUAUUGGCGUGAACGUGUCCUCCUCCCCAACACUAGGGGGCGAUAUGUGUCUUUUCAGAGGCGCUGUUUCCGACCCCAUACAACCGUCAACAAAAACAGCAGGUCGGUGUCAGACGUCAGAAGUGUCUACAACUGCUGCUGGGCAUUUUGGAGAAACAAGAAGAUGGAGCAUCGUACAGCGUUGUUUUUGUCCGACAUGAUGGACGCGCUACUUUUUCUAAAGAUGAGACCAACGCUACUCCUCUACUCUUACUCCGAUCAUACUCCGACUACGCUGGUCACAUGGUCGAGAAAAUCGGAUUCCAAUCAGAUUAUCUGAGUGUCUUAAUCAGAGUUCUAAAACUCUGACUAUAGUUGGACUAAGGUGUUUACAUGACCUUCAGUUGUCCGGUCUUAAUCGGAAUAAGGCGAUAAUUCGGUUUUCUCGAGUGUCAUGGAAACAGACUGAGUCAGAUCCUCCACAUAUAAAACCAAUACUGAUCCUAUUUUUAGGUUACAAAAAAGAGCUAUAAGAAUUAUAAAUCGAUCCCACUUUCUUGAAUCAACUAAUGCACUGUUUCUUAAUUCAAAUACCCUUAAAUUUUAUGAUUUAGUUGAAUUUAAAAUGGCUCAGAUAAUGUACAAAGCACAUAAUAAUUUACUUUGCCGUAGUACUCAGAGGCAGUUUGAAACCAGAGAGAGUCAAUAUGAUUUGAGGGGAACAGGUUUCCUCAAAAAAACUAAGACAAGAACGAAUAUUAAGCAGAGGUGUGUUUCUGUUAGAGGUGUUAACUUGUGGAAUAGCUGUGAUGAUGAAUUAAGAAUGUGUAGUUCACUUUCCUUAUUUAAGAACAUGUAUAAAACUAAAGCAAUAAGAAAAUAUGUAAAUCCGGUAUGAAGAAGAGCAAUAACAAAAUAUUGAAAUUUUUGGUUGUGUCUGUUUGUAUACUUGUUACGGAAUAUUGUUGGUUUAUUUAUUUUCUAACAUGUUUUUGAGAAUUUAUCUUUUCUUUCUCUCUUUUUCCCUUUUCUUUAGAAGACUUGUGGUGUAACUCAGACCAUGUAGUUAAAGAGUCGCCUUGCUAAAGUUUUUGUUUUUUUGUAAAAAGGGUAGGCAAAAUAAGCAUGAGCUUCAGCCUACACCUUUUCGAUUAGCUUUAUGAUGCUUUUGAAAUUUACUAUGUAUCUGUUGUGGGUGGAUUUUAAAUGCUAAUCGAAUAAAAUAAUUGAAAUUGAAAAAAAAAAAUUGAAUAAGAUCCUAACUCCGUUAAAAUGUGAUCCAAGUGCGAUUGGUAGAGUCUGUAUGCUGGAUCGGUUUGGGCCGUGCUUCUUGUUCGGUGAAUCAGUCCAAACUGGACAGUCAUGUUUGUCUUAAAGGUUAACGUAGAGCGAUGAGAGAAAGGCCAAAUAUUCAACAUGACUGACUACAUUCCCUAAACUCAGAGGGAUACUCGACAGCUGUGAUACAGAUGAUGGUUUCGUGUUUCUCCUUCAGCUACCUGUCCCAAACCAGAACCCCCUCUUCACGGACGCAGACUGGGCCGGGUGUUCGGCGUCGGUCACGAGGUCCACUUUCUGUGCAAACCGGGCUACGAGCUGAUUGGCCCACGGACUCGAGUGUGUCUGGAUUCUCUGAGGUGGAGUGGGCAGCAACCGAUGUGCCGACGUGAGACCUGAUACUGAACCAGAACCCAGAACCGAUCCAGAUCCAGUCUCUGCUUCUUACCUCAUGUUUUUGUUUUUUCUGUCCAGGUCUGAACAACUCGGGGAACUCUUUAUCCUCCUUCUCCUCCGCUGCUCCUUCCUCCUCUUUCUCCGGCUCUGCUGCUCUGUCAGCCUCCUCCUCCUCCUCCUCCUCCUCCUCCGCCUCCUCUCCUCUUCCCUCCUUCUCCUCUUUUUCCCCCACGUCGUCCCCCUCCUCCUCAGUUCGCCCGUCUCACUGCACUCACUUCCUCGGCUCCACACGCUGCACCUGUGACGUGGGAUUCACCAUCUCCGGCCGCGACAACAACAUCUGUACAGGUAUGAAGGUCUCACACACGCACACACACACACACACACACACACACACACACACACGCACACGCACACACACACUCGGAGCUCUGACCGAGGUCCCGUGUGUGUUUCAGACAUCGACGAGUGUCGUCUCUUCCCUCUGGGUCAGCCCGGUCGACUCUGCGUCCACCGCUGCGUCAACACUCCUGGAAGCUUCCACUGCUUCUGUCCUCUGGGAUACAACCUCGCCAAUGAUGGCCGCAGCUGCACAGGUCAGAGGUCAGGGGUCAGGGGUCAUCUUCAUCAGGGAUGCUCAGAGACACUUUAGUAACCCUCGCUUCUUCUUCUUCCUUUGUGUCCAGACGUCGACGAGUGCGAGACCAGGAUGCACAACUGCACAGCAGAGCAGGUGUGUGUGAACACCUACGGAGGCUUCCAGUGUGUGUCCGUGGAGUGCCCUUACCUGAAGAACGCCACCUACAUCAAGACGUCACCAAUGUAAGAGCGUAACGCCAACCUCUGAUGAUCACAAAUGUUUAAUGAGCGAGCUUUACCCUGACAGAAACGGGGUCCCCUUCCUCGAUUUCCUGCAAACACGAACUAACUCUGGUGAAUUCCUGCAUUCGGUCUCAGGUCCUGGAGGUUUAUCCUCAGAUCCAGUUCACCUGGGUCUGUCACGACUCCUUCGUCUUACUCUGCAGGACUUGACUGUAUUGUUUCUAGAGCAGUACAUCAUUUAUUUUCAGCUUCCAGACGUCGUUAAAAAACUAACGAAAGAAUUUAUAAUAAGACAACAAUGAAACUGCAGACGGAGCAAACACGGAGGAGACAAAGAAAACCACAAAGUUUGUCACCUCUGGAGACACGGAGGCCGAUUUCCUGUUAAUGACAGAGAGCAGAGAACAAUGGCUGCUACCUCCAUAUCACCCACUUCCUCUCUCCACCCGACAGUUAGCGUUCCUCCGCCGCCUCCUCCUCCGACGAUGACAGCCGGGCUCACUGUCAGACUGAGGUUUGGCUUCAGACGCCCUGCAGACAGCUGAUGCUUGUUUAUGAACGUUCACAGAGUUUAGAUUUAUCAUAAUAACAUGUUGAAGGAGAGACUGUUGGGGUGUCAGGACUUUACAGGGAUGGAGGAGGAGGAGGAGGAGAACGAACCUUUCUUUAGGACGAGUCAUGUUGAGGAUGUUCAGAUGUGACACUGAGGAGUUUGCUAAAAACAGUCAUGAACGCAGUGAAACACGUCUUCAUGACUGUCAUCGAUCUGAACGGACAGCUCAUCAGCGGACGCCGAGCCUCGCACACUCACGGCUGCGUCGAGCAUAAACUAGGCUUGAUGGGGCGCUCGAGAAAAAUCAUCUACUCGCCUGAAUGGAAAGUGUUUACUCGCUUCAUUCGCGCGUUAACGUGAUUUCAACGGUUAGCCCUGCCGAUUCCACCGGUGGGAUCAAGUGAUAGACAAAGUAAUCCGACCUCCUCACUCACUUUCCUCCAGGCAAGGUCGUUUCUAUUCUCGUUCCGGUAAUUGAAAGUAAAGGUAUCAUAUAAUUCGGGGCACCAACACGAUCAGUUUGUCCUCCAUUUUAGAGACCAGUGAACAACCGUCUGUUAUGAUUGGUUAUCACGACCCAAAUAUCCGUUCAGGUUGAGACAUUUUCAGCUUCCGCCUAGUUCGCGUCAUUCCAGAGAAGAGGGAGCGUCUGAACGCGUCUUUGCGUUGAGCACACAUGUUUAUGCUAGAUGCAGUCGCGAGUGUGCGAGGCUCACACGCCACAAAUGACGUAAACGCCCACCUCGAGACGGCAUCGCACCUUCAGGAUUUAGAAAUUUGGCGUGCACAAGUCUCACUCAGUUCAAACUGGAUGAAUUUGAGGGAAGACUGGCGGAGCUACUUCUUCUUGCAACGGAGAACACGCCAAGCAUAAACACCUCUGCUCUCUGCCGAGGUGCGCGCGCCAUCCACGAACGGCGCCGGGCGAAAGUAUAAUCAUUUGCUUAAAUGAUUUUACUUGCACUUGGUUUGUGGAGAGAGUAAGAGUCGAUUCUCUGUGGGCGCCUCGUUUUAGGGUCAGCGGGGUCAUGAACCGCACCUUCAGUGGGUGACCUCUUCGUAAAACACGGAUCCCUGAGGAGCCGGGUCGUUUUCAUCAUUGUCCAGAUUUUUACUUCCAACGUUCACAAAAAAAACAGUCAGCUGAACGAGAGAAACACAACAAGCUCAUCCGCUCAGUCAUCGUUGAGGAUAAUUACAGGUCUUUAAACGAAGACUUGAUGGAGAGACGAGGGUUUGUGCGGAACCGCUGAGGGACUUGGUUUUGAUUCGAUCGCUCGCUCCAUUGUGUUCAAAAACAAACACAUGAUGAAGACGAGGAGGAGGAGGGAACAUUCACCGAGGGAAACUAUUUUAACUCAAACCACAAAGAGACAAUGAGAGCUGAUGGUAGUUUGGUCAUGUCCGCAGCAUCGGAGCAGCCUGAUAAGACAGGAGGGGGCGGAUUUUUGAGAUACAGGGUAGGUGGGAAAAAGCUGUCAAUGUAGGAGCCAUAAUGUCGCUUUGCUGAUCGGUUCUCCUGUGUUCAGUUUUGUCUGGUUGCCGUUGGUUUCGCUGGGUUUGGGUCACGUGGUCACUGUGUUUGAGAGCCGGCAGGUUAUAUAAGGGGCGGUCUUACCUGCACCGGGGUGGAGAGGUGAGCCUAGGUAGCUGUCAUUUUUGUUGACCGCGCUUUAUGUUCUUUUGUUUGCAGUGAUACACGUCACAUAUUCCAUCUGAUGUGCACGUGUAAAUCAUUGGCGACUGUAGAAGCGUUUUUUCUGUGAUUAAAGCUGCGAAAACUUCGAUGAACUGCGGGUUCUUCUUUGGAACAGCAGCGGCGGCGUGUGACGCAAAUAUACAGGACCUGUCCUUUGCCUUUAGCGACUUUUUUUAAAGGUACCAGGAAAGCCGCAAUACUGUCAAUGUGGGAGCUGAAGGACAAAUCCUGAUCAAAUAAAACUCCCAGAAUCCUCUCUGUGGGACAAGACGCCCACUGAUGGCGUCUAGAGUAGACGUAUUAUUGGAGAAUGUCUCUCUGAGGUGUUGAGGAGGCGUUAACUCCUGACUCUUUCUGUGUUUCCUCAGGCGCUGUGAGAGGAACCCGUGCAUGCUGGGAGAUACCGGCUGCGCUCAGGCGCCAAGCUCCAUCUCCUUCCACUUCCUGUCCGUGGUGUCCAACAUGUCAGCACCCCGCGUCCUCUUCAGGGUGUCGGCGGCUCGGGUGCUGGGUGACACGCUUCGGUUCGGCCUGGCAGGAGGUCACGGGCGGGGUCAUUUCAGCGUGCAGCGCUCCGGCCGGCAGACCGGGACGCUCCUCCUGGUGACGCCCAUCACGGGUCCGGCCACUCUGGAGGCUGAGGUGGAGAUGAGCGAGCUGGAGCGCAACGCCCUGCUGGGCCGCUACCUCACCAAGGUCACCCUGUUUGUCUCCCCGUACGAGUUUUAGGGGGAGGACUGAUGGGCGGGGACAUCAGGCCCAGCAGGGUUCUCAUUGGUUGGCUGUUUUUUGACACCAGCACUUCCUGAGAGCGAGACAUGAACUUUUAAAGGCCGACAAAGAUCAAAAGUGUGUCUUUCCAGUGUUUUUUAUUUCUGUAUUUAAAGGUUUUUUUCGGAUAUAUUUGAAAUAUUUCUGUUAGGGGAGGGGCUUAAGUCUCCAAACAUGACACUGAUUGGGUAACUUCACAUGUUUGAUUGGCAGGAACUGAGGCUCCAACUGUUGCUACAACUACAACUUCAUUUAUGUUUUUGGAGACGGAAGUGACCAUAUUUGGUCAAGAGGGCGGAGCUGGAGAGUAGCGAGGGAUCUGCAAACUGCGAAUUUAGCUAGAAGAGCUAAACGGAGACAUGAUGAGUCAGAAAAACCGUCUCGUCGGUUACGUCCUCAACGUCAGAUUGGUUCGAUAUUUACAUGAAAAAAAUCUCCAAAAGAGCACCAACAGGACAUAGAAGUGAAAUUUAGUGACUGGAUUAGCUGAAGGGACACCCAGCAGACAAAGAGGCCACACCCCUAACUUUGAACCAAUCAUAUGAUGUUUAUUCAGAUUCAGCUCGUAUUUGUCAUGAGUGUAAAAAUCAGCUAAAGAGACCCUCAAACUGUUUGUUUGUACCGCGCUGUAAACGUGUUUAUUUCUGCUUUAGAGUUAGACAUUUUUACAUGGGGCUCUAUGGGGGGUUGGCUCACUUUGGGACAGCCUCCAGUGGACACUCUAGGUACUGCAGUUUAUGGGACUUCGCAUUGGAUGUCACCAGUUUAUCUGAAGUUAUUUUUAAUGACUUUUAACUUUUAAAAAAUGAUCUUUGGACUCAGUCAUUAAGUUUUUACUGUAACUUGGAACAAUUUUGAAGUCUGAGAGGAACACACAAAGACGGGUUUGUUUGUGUUUUUGUGGUCAAGUAUGUGGAAAAUGUUGGGAGAAGAAGGUCAUGUUUGAUGGUACAGAAGAACAAGAUUAAAUGUUUGUUUGUUAUGGAUGAGAGCAGGACGCAAAACCAGAGGAAAGAAACGAAGAGAGGACGGAGAAAUGUUCAGAGCGCCGAGUUUGGACGGCUAAAGUCUCAUUCAUGCUUCCUUCACUGUCUUUAGAAAAAGAAGAAGAGAUGUGUAAAGUUAAUAACUAGAUGGGGGAGUCAAUUAUGGGCUCUACUGCCCCCACAGUUAGUCCGUGGUACUGCAGUAUUUGGUCCAAGGCUUCAUAGAGCUGAAAUGGGUUUUUACUGUCUGAGUUCAAGUCCCUCCGAAGUCUUCAGGGUGAAAAAGUUCAGUGUCCUGAUUUGACAGGAUUACAUCAGGAGGUCAGAGUCUCUGCAGGAUAUUAGGAUGUUCAAACAGGCAGCAGGGGGCGCAAUUAAUCAUCUGAACCUUAAUGUGAGUGAAGAACUGUUCAGGUUUUUUUAGAGCGAAACAGUUUUAGUCCUUUUAAUACAAGGAAACCGUCCGAUCCUGAUUCUGGGGAUCUGGUUUGUUUUAUAAAAGAUGGAGAAGAAGUUUCUGCAGAUUUUUGAUCUCCUCCGCUCUUUGUGCAUCACAUCUCUCGAAGCAAAACUAAAAACAGAAACGGGGAUGAUAUCUAGAAACUUGCAGCUCGACUUUGUUAAACCUGCUGCACAACGUUGAAUCCUCUGGCCCCUUAAUCUCGACUGUAAAAAGCAGAUUUCUACAGUUUAUAAAAUGUCAAAUUAAACAGAAUAUUUGAUGAUUUUUUACAGACGAGCUGCAGAAACUUCUGAAGAUUUUUGAUCAUGUACAGAUAUCAUCAAGACGGGAGAUUGAGCCGCAGUGAAGGAAGUUUAAAUCUUCAUUCUUCUGUUAACAGAUUCAGACCCACUCUCUGAUUUUAUACGUUUGUGUUUGAAACUGAAGAUUUUUUU